AUGAUUGUUUUGGCAAUAACUUUGUGUUUACUUGUAAUAUCUGCACAGGGACAAAUUCCUGUUGAUAAAUGUCCAAAUGUUAAAGGAGUGGCAAAUUUCGAUGGACGUGCAUAUUUGGGAGACUGGUACGAACUAGGCAGAUAUCCAACUUUACUGGAAGAUCACGGAAAAUGUGUUGUCACCAAUAUUGCAGUAAACAGCGAUGGAUCUAUAAAGAGUCGUACUCAAUAUAUUAAUUCCGUGACAAAUGAGACACACGUCCUCGAAGGAGAAGCCCAACCAGGUUCAACAACUGGAGAAGGCAAAUUUCUUAGUACAUUUCUUAAAUCCAGAUGUAACUGUACCUUUUUGGGUUCUUGGUACAGACUAUGAAGGAUACUCUGUAGGUUUCUCCUGUUUUGAACGAGAUAGUGUUACUUUAGAGAGUCUUUUCCUUACAACAAGAACUCCAAAUCCAUCACGAGAUCAGGUAGAUGCCAUUAUCCAAGUUCUCGAAGACAACGGUAUCGAUCUAUUGCCAAUAAUCUUAACAGACCAAGAAGAUUGUACUUAUUAG